AUAUACACACACGCACACAUACACACACAGAAACAUGUACACACAUACACAGAAACAUGUACACACAGACACAUGUACGUACAUACACACAAACACACACACACAUACAUGUACAUACACGCAGACACGUACAGAUACACACAUGUACAUACACACAGACACAUGUACAAUUUUACACGCAUACACAGACACACACACAUAAUUACACCCACACACCCCCCCCCCCCCCCCCAUAAAAAGUUGCAGUACUUCGUUGUUCACUCAGAGAUCCGGGUACUGCACUCUAGGGGGAGGCAGAGAGCACAGCACACACUUCUUGCUUUGCUUUCACUGCGCUCAGCUAUUGAGCAGUUUUGACGACUCCCAGUGCCAAUGACAGAUCUGGCCUGAGCUCUGAGCCUGCUCAGCAAGCAGCCCUGGGGGGCACACUCGCCCCCACCAUAAUUUCCACUCGCCAUUGGCGAGCUGAAAUUUCAAGCCCUGCUCU